AUGUUCAAGAUUUUGGUUGAAAAGGAAGUAGGGAAGCCACUCAAGUCUCUAAGAAUUGAUAGGGGCGGUGAAUACACUUCCAUUGUUUUUGAUGAUUUUUGCAAUGAGAACGGGAUUCGUAGGCAACUAACAAAUGUAUACACACCUCAACAAAAUGGCGUCGCAAAGAGGAAGACCCGAACAGUAAUGAAUAUGGCGCGAGCAUUAUUUUCAGCAAAGAAAAUUCCAAAAUCUUUCUUAAAAGACGUCACCCCUCACGAAGCUUGGAGUGGAGUCAAGCCUCACCUGGAGCACUUCAAAGUCUCAGGAUGUAUAGCUCAUGCUCACGUUCCCAAAGUCAACAGAGAAUGGGGUGAUAAAACACAAAAUGAGGGAGGCGAUGAUAACAUGGGAAGUGAAGAUAAGCUUGAGGGAGGUAAUGAAGCGGUAGAAAAUGCAGAAGAGGAUAAUGAGGAAGAGCCACAAGUUCAAGAGGAAGAGUCGGAUAAUGAGGAAGAGCCACAAGUUCAAGAGGAAGAAUCACAAGUUCUAGGGAGACUAAGAAGACCUCCUACUUGGAUGAAUGAUUUUGUAAGUGGAGACACUUUUUCAGAUGAUGACAACAUUAAUAUGGUGCAAAAUAUGGGUCCUGAAGAUCCAACUCAUUUUCAAGAUGCAGUGAAAAAUGAAGGCAAGCAAUGGAUAGUGAUGCAGCGUGCGUGGCUAGGAUGA